GUCAAAGUCAUGCCAUGGCAUGGUGUUAUUUUGUCAUUGUCAAAGGCAAGGAGUUUGCACGUGUUUAUAUUAUUGUAAAAUUUGUUAUAAAAUAAAAUGAAAGUGCUAUCAGAAGAACGAACACGAAUUUUAUUCGAGAAACUGACUAAAUAUAUUGGUGUGAACGUCAAACUGCUCAUAGACCGGCCGGACGGGACAUACUGCUUCAGAGAAAAGAAGGACCGUGUCUACUAUAUAUCAGAACGUUUAUUACACUUAGCACAAACUGUAAAACCGGAUAAUUUAAUAGCGGCUGGAACAUGCUUUGGAAAAUUCACAAAGACUAACAAAUUUAGACUGCAUAUUACUGCACUGACGUAUAUAGCGCCGUACGCGCCAUAUAAGAUAUGGGUGAAGCCAUCAGCUGAACAACAGUUCUUGUACGGACAUCAUAUCAUUAAGAGUGGUCUUGGUCGCAUAACAGAGAACACACCGAAGCACCAUGGCGUAGUAGUGUACACAAUGUCCGACAUUCCAAUAGGCUUCGGAGUGGCUUCCCGGACUACAGCAGAAUGUAGACACGCCGACCCAUUAGCUACUAUUGUGUUCCAUCAAGCUGAUGUUGGAGAAUACAUACGGUCUGAAGACACGCUUACAUAGUGUUUCAAGUAUAAUAAAUAGGUUUUAAUGUU